GAUCUAGCAGUAAAAUUGCUAAAACGGUAACACUGAUUAACAAAGACAUUAAAAAAAUCGAAAAAAUUGCGAAUUCGCGGAGGAAGAUGAGCGAAGAAGCAGAAGCAAUAAUAGAAAUAACUAAAAAAACGCGAAAACCAUAAUAAUAAUAACAAAAGAAGUGUGCACAAUUUUAGAACCAAUUGCACAAAAUAUAUACCUAUAUAUAUAUAUAUAUAUAUAGACAAAUGAAGCAACAAAGCGGAGAGACGGAGGACAAUUGAGAGCGAAUCAAUAAAUAAUAACAAAAAGCGAGAAGAAAACGGAGAAGUCAGCAGCGCCUUCACAUGUAUUAGUUCGUGUGUGUGUGCGCGCGUGUGUGAGUCCGCGAAUGAGUGUGUGUGUGCCUGUGAAACAAACAAUAUUUCCUUUCAAGACAACAACAACAAAAAAUGAGGAAAUCAAGUAAGGAAUUAAUAAUAAUAACAACAACAACAUCAGCAGUAGCAGGAGAAGAAGCAGUACCACCACAAACACAAACAACAACAGCAGCAGCGGCAGCGUCGUCGUCCAGCGACGUCAGCGUCGCCGCAUGGAAAUCGCAAAAAACCGCAUGACAAGAAAAUGGAAAAUUUUUGUUCAGCCAAAAAAACCAAAUGUGAACGCAAAGCAAAAGGCAAAACCAGGGAGAGAAAAACAAAACAAAAUCGAAGGAAACAACGUGCAUGUGUUUGAGUGCUACAAAGUUCAAGAAGGAGAAACAACAAAAAGAAGUUUUUAAUUCAGAUAAAUAAUAAGACAAAAGGAAAGGAAAAAGCCGGAGAGAAGCGAAAGAGCAAGAGAGAUUGCAGAAGAAGCAGCAGCAGCAACAAGAAGCAACAUAAAAAAGAAAAUCGAGAAAUUAAAUACUAAACAAGCAAAGCGGCACAAACACAAACAACAAAAUAAUAUUAAGUAAAUGAGGAGAAAAGCAGGAAGAGAAAGAAGCAGCCGGUAAAAUUUAAAAAAAAAACGCUCUAACAAAAAACAAAGCCGCUUAAAUAAAACUAAAAUUUAAAAUCAAUGAAAAAACAGCGCAAAAAAAUAUAAAUCCGUGCAAUACAAACUAAUUAAGCUCUGCCGGUGUCCAGUUAGGAAACACCAUACAUAACAUCGUUGCAGUUGUGGUUGCAGAGUUCCAGAACCUAAAAAAAAGAAUCGCAACUACAUAAAAUAUAUAUAAUAAUAUAUUAAUUAUUAUAUCGCUGCCAUGGCCAGCAGCGCGACAAAUGUCGACGGCGGCGGCAGCGCAACGUCGGCGGCGCUGCCCUCGUUAUUUUCGAGCUCUGCUAGCGUUGCUGCCGCCGUUGGCGCCGCUGCCGGCGUUAAGGAUAUGGACGGACUGAUUGCCAUUAACGAUAGCGCCCUAUCGCAACAGAUCGAAUUUAUACUGCAAGAUGCUCCCAUGGAGCAGGACGACGAUCCGCAUCAGCAUCAGCAUACGCACCAUCAUCAAACGCACUCUCAUCCCCAACAUCAUCUUCAGCAUCAUCACAAUCCUCACCAGCAGCAGCAUACGCAUCAUCAUCUCAAGCUAGAGAGCAGCAGCAGCAGCAACAGCAACAACCACCCACCGACAGUAGCAGCAGCUUCCGCAGCAGCAGCCACUGUGAACACAACAAACAACAGCGCUUCCUUCAAUAACAACAACAACAACAACAAUAGCAGCAGCAAUGGCAGCAGCAGCAACAGCAAUCACUUGGAUAGCCAACUGGUCCUCCAACAGCAGCAGCAGCAGCAUCAUCUCCUCAAUGGUCGCCGCAUCAUCAUUCAAACCACCAGCAGUGGCAGCAACAACACUACAGUUUUGGCCGCCAGCGACAUUAAAGAGGAGGAGGAGGAGGAAGAGGAUCCCGAGUUAAACGAUGAAAACCUGCAGGACAUUGAGGAAGAGGCCCAGGCAGCAGAGGCUGAUGAAGAGCCGGAAUCAACGGCCCAUCAUCAUCAUCUGUCGUCGUCGCGGGUUAAGCUGGAGCUGGAAGAGGAUGAGGAGAUGCCCGAUGAAGAUGAUGAAGAGGAGGAGGAUGAGGAUGAAGAUGAGCAUGCCCAUGGCCAGUUGGAAUACCAAAUCAGCACAAGUAGUGCGGGGACAGCAACAGCAGGAGGAGGAGGAGGAGGAGCAGCAGCAGCAGGAGGAGCAGCUGGUGGCCAGCAGUUGGUACAAUUGCCAGCCGGCAGUAUAGUGAGCACCACCCACCGUUUGGCUGUGCCCGUUACCGAGGCAGCCCUUGUCCAGCUUCAAAGGCGACCUGUGUAUAUAAGCAAUGCGGUGGGUGGUUUGACAGCUGGAACAACAUAUGUACGUAUGCCGGCAACAGCGGUGAUCAGUAGGAGUCCCAUGACGGUGCUGAAUGUGGUGCAGCAGGCGAUGCCGGCCACUCAAUUGAUAUUGCAGACACAGGCGCCAGUGCAGCAGCAGCAACAGACGCAGUCUACGGAACAGCAAUUGGCCUUGGCCUUGGCCCAGCAGCAGCAGCAACAGCAGCAGCAACAAAACCAUCCACAAUAACAACAACAACAACAACAGUAGUUCCAACAACACCAACAACAACAACAGUAACUCCAACAACACCAACAACAUCAACAUCAACAACACCAACACCAACACUAGCAACAGCAACACCAACAGCACACCAACAACACCAGCAACACCAACACCAACACCACACCAACAACACCAACAAACACCAACAACACCAGUUACCAGUGCGUGGAAUGUGUUGAAAAAUUUGAUUCAAAGGAACUUUUCGACAUUCAUCGCAGUGGCCAUGCCAACAAUAUGAAAUGCGCCAUCUGCAACAUGGUUCUCAAGUCUCUGAAGAAUUAUGAGAAGCACUGCCUACGCUGUAAGCCCUACGAGUGCCAGAUUUGUGGUCGUGUUGUACGCUUUCGUCCAAAUUUCAUUAAACAUAUGAGGGUACAUACGGGUCAACAAUCGGAGCGACACAAAUACAAAUGCGAGGUGUGCCACAAGGAGUUUAUGAGCUUCGAAUACUUCAAGGUGCACAAGAAAAUUCACAAUGAGAAUGUGAAUUUAACCUGCGAGAUAUGCGGCAAGGUGUUUAGUGCUUUGGCCUCGCUGCGUGGCCAUUCAAAAUUGCAUUCGGGCGUUAAAUUGCACAAAUGCGAUGUCUGCGGCAAGGGCUUUGGGCAGCGUUAUAACCUCAAGAUUCAUGCCAGAACGCAUACGGGUGACUUUCCCUUUGAGUGCAAAAUCUGCAAGAAGAAAUUGCAUACACAAUCCUCGCUACAGACGCACAUGCAGGUCCAUUUAAGGGAUCAGCCAGGGGCAGCGGUGGCAUCCUCAAAGGCGGCUUCAAACAGUAGUAAUUCAAGCAACAGCAGCAAUUCCAGCAGCAGCAAUUCGAGCAGCAACAGUGGAACGGCAGCAGCGGCAGCCACAACAACGACAAUCGUAAAGCUAGAACCGCCUCAUGAGCUAGAUCGUCCCGGCACCAGCAACCAAAUGCAACAGCAGCAACAGCUGCAACAUCAAAUGGAGCUGGAUGAACACUCGGGUUUAAGCGGGGACGAGGAGGAUGUCUUGGGGGGCGGCAAUGUAAUGGUUAACUCCUCCUCCUCGCAUAUUGUGAAUGCAACCACCAAUCGCUUGACCACCGGUGAGGAUUCAUCCAAUGAAUCCUCGAAUGCCCCGCACUCGCACUCCUCCUCAAACUCGCCAGCCACGCAGCAGCCACAGCAGCAGCAGCAGCAGCAUCAGCAAUAUCUUGUGACGGCGCCCACCAGAACGAUUGUGAUUAAGAACUAUAUGCAACAGGGCAACCAGCAGCAGCAACAGCAGCAACAUACCUCCGAUACAACGCCCGUGCUGCAUGCCCAGGUCAUCCAAAGCGGUGCAGGCACCAGCAACGGCAGCAACAUUAUCUCCUCCUCCUCCUCAAGCAACAAAAAUCUCAGCAAUGGCUCUCAAUUGAUACGAAAGACGCCUAUUAUACAUUCAACAACCAACAACAACAACAACAACAAUAGCAACAGCACUAGCAGCAGCAGUGGCGUGGCCUUGACCAGUGUAGUUCAGCAAACAGGAGUGGUUUCGCCUGUACAAUCGCCUACAGUUUUGGUAUCAAAGGCCACCGGUGUGCCAUUGUCCAUAGCCUCAUCGGCAGCAGCGGCAGCAGCUUUAGGUGGCUCCACAAUCAUAAGAAGUACUAGGAAUCAUCAUCAGCAGCAGCAGCAGCAACAGCAGCAGCAGCAGCAACGACAGCAGCAACAGCAGCAGCAGCAGCAACAGCAGCAGCAGCAGCAACAACAAAGAGUAACCCAGCAGCGUAAUAACCACCGAAAUCACCACCGACGUCGUCAUCUGGCGGAUAUGGAUGAUGAUGAAGAUGAGGAAGAAGAUCAGCAAAGGCAGCAAGUUUUGCAACAGCAACAACAACAACAGCAGCAACAUCAUCAUCACCACAAUCAUCAUCAUCAUAAUCAUCACAAUCAUCACUUUGAUGAUGAUGAUGACGAUGAGAAAUCAUCACCGUCCCUGGCCACAGCAGCCAUUAUAAAAGUUGAACCAAAUCUUUACUCCUCCGGUUCCGGUGACAAUUCCAAUGAUAUGUUCAUCAAAGAGGAGGUCAUGUUUGAGGAUUCAGCAGCACCGCAUUCCCCACAAUCACCACCCAGUUCAAAAUUUCGUAUAUCAAAUUUUGAUAGCGAUCUGGUGGAUCAUCAUGUGGAUUUGAAUCAUUCGCUGCCGCCAUAUGGUAAUCUCUUUGAGCCGCAUUCAAUACCGGAUAGCAUACCCGUACAAUUGUAUCCGGAUGAUGAUGAUGAUUUUCGUUUGGAUCAUAGUUCGUUGGGUGGAUUGCAUAAUACCACCUCAUCGUCGACCACGGAUGGGGAUUUCAUAAAAAAGGAAUGGGUCUAUGGCAGCGGCACCAGUUCCUAUGCCAUGAAUGGUAAAUUUGAUGAUGACAGCGAUGCGCUAUGCGAUGCGGCCAAUUUUAUAUAUAAUUGAGUGAUGGAAGAGGAGGAGAAAGAGGAGGAGGAGGAGGAGAAGGGAGAGCAUCAUCAGGAGCUAAAGCAGAGUGGAUCAUGGCAGCCAUGUAGAAGGAUGGCACCCCAAGUUCAUAGCGUAUAUAUAUAUUAUAUAACACACACACACACACACGUACACACAUACACCUUUCACCACAAAACAUAAACACCUUUAAUUCCUUGCAAUAUUUAUGGUUAUUUCCUAGUAAUUUCUUCCUAAAAACUUUAUAUUUAAGUACAAAAUUAAACAUAUUUCUAUUCUAUUUUAAUUUUUAGUUAUUUUUGUUUUAAUAUUAAGCCUAAAAGUGUUUGAAAACCUUAAAAAGUAACUUGAUUUACUUGAAUUUUACUUAAAAUUGUUGAAAUUUCUACAAGAAAAAGUAUAAUUAUUUUGAAAUAACCAUAAAUAGUUUGAGGAUUGAGUUGUAACCAAGGAAUAUAUAUAUAUAUAGUACAUACUUAUCCCACAUAUAUAGAUAAUUUACUAUCUCUCUCUCUCUCUCUCUCUCUCUCUCUCUGUCUCUGUCUGUGUUGCGCUCGUGAUUGAUCUUUAUAAGGUGAUCUUAAGUCUAAAUCAAUGUGUAAAAUAUAUAUAAUUUUUCAAAUUUUCCAAUUCGCUUCUGUUGAAACUUUUUCUCCCAGUGUGUAACCUUCUUUUCUACCAUAAUUGUUGUAGUUGUGUGUGUCUCUCUGUCUCUGUUGCUCUCGUGAGAUCUCUUUCUCUCGCUCUCUCUCACACACUCUUUCUCUCUUUUUGUGUCUAUCUCACUCUGAUCUAUUUCACUUUUCCACCCCUUUUUUUUUGAGUGUAAAAAGAAGCAAAUCAAACACCCAGCUCCCCCCAAGCUCUAAAAAUCUCACAAAAUCUUUUUUGAAGAAAAAGAGAAAAAAUUACCUUGUAUAACUCUUGAUGUGAAACACGAAUUGUUUAAUUUUUUAAGAACUUUAUUAUUUUAAUUAUUAUUUUUAUUAUUAUAAUGUAUUACAUAUCAUUUAUAUGUAUAUUAUAUAUUUAUAUAUAUAUAUAUAUAUCAACCCAGACACCUUUCUGUAUGGCGCUCAGCACAUUGUAACGAGUAACGAGUAACGAGACGAACGAGAAACCACUAAAGAACCCCCUAAUUUUAGUUGUGUUGCAUUUUGAUCUCUUUGAACUAAUAAUCGAUUUCAAAUUCGAUUUCGAUUUCGGCUUUAAAUUCAGUUCCUGUAACGUUGAGAAAAUUGUAUUAUACAUUUAAUAGAUAUAUAUAUUAUACGGACUAUAGUAAUGUGUGUGUUAUACCAAUGUGCUGUCUCUAUAUGGAAAGAUCUCGCGCCCACCAUAAUAUAUCUCGAUGUAUGUCCUGAAACCUACGCAUCCUUCAGUAUUGGCUCCGAAAUCGAAUCCAAAAAAAGAAAAAAUAAGUAAAAAACAAAUGAAAACGAAACGUUCAAAUCCGGAGAUGCUUCAAUUUUUCUUAUCUUCGAGCUUAACCUUGGUCUUUAACCGUUUGUUUUCACUUAACCACCAGUUAACCCUUAACCGUGACCCCGUUUUCACUUACCUAAAAAGCAGUAUUUGUAUUUUUUUUUGUCAAAGAUCCUUAACUUUAAUUUGAUUUUUAUUUGUAUUAUUUGUAAAACCAUAUUUAGUUAGUAGUUACUCGAUGAUAUAACAGCUUCUCGACCGUAUAACAGUUUCUAAUGUGCAAUCUCCCACUUGACCUUGACCUCUCACCACGUCUGGACUCUGAAUUUUUUGUGGUUUCCUUAAUUAGUUGCUAAGUUUCCCAACAAAAAACAAACACGAAACACAAUGUUUAUGAUUUGCAUUAAAAUUUAGAUAUAUCUAUAUGCAUAUAUAUGUAUAGAUAAUCUGUAGCUAAGCAUAAGCCUAAUUUCUGUGUAGACUCUAAGCAUGCUUUAGCUUUAGCUUUACCCACUAACAUACGAAACUGCAUAAGCAUACGAAGUAUAUAAUAUAUAUAGAAUACAGUAUAUAUAUUAUAUAUAGCCGCUGUACAAUUACUUGAUCUUUAAGCAUUAACUUUUAAUCAUUUUUUAAUUUGCAUUUACAUCCAAAUCUUUUGUGUAUUCAUGAGUUUGCAGAAUGCAAAGAUUAAAAACUAUAUAAAAAAAACAAAAAAAUAAUAUAAAAUAUUAUCCAUCUGGUAUGGGAAUCGUUUGAAGGACGAAGAAGGAGUAGAAGAGAAUUUUAGCAGGAAGAAAAAAUAAAUCCAUAAUGACAACAAAACUUCUAU